UUUGUAAAGAAAUAAUUUAAACCUUCAAAUCACACGUAUCCGGUUUUUUCCGUAUAAAAAAAACCUUUGGAACACUGCAAAAUUUCCAAGUGCCAUUUGAAACGACGACGGAGACAAGUGAGAACCCAUCAGCAAUUUAGCGAGACACACAUUAGCUGGAGGGAUAUCGACCAUGUCAUAUCAGAUCAAAUCCACUCCCUACUUUCGACGCAUGUUCAACAACAGCAAAAAGAAUGGACAACUGCAGCGGCUGAGGGAGGAGUACGAACGGAUCCAGGAGUUCAAUGAUCACACCAUCGAGUUGAAGAUGCGCCAGGUGAGACUGAAGCGGUUGUUCCGCGAAAUUGAGGAGAUUAAGGAGAGCGCCGGCUCCUCCUCGGUGGCCGCUGCAAAUGCUGCCAAAAGAGCCCAUGGUCGCGGUGUUGGUGGAUCCACUUCACAGGCUGCCCGCCAACGACGCCAUCAACUCCACGGACAUCAACAUCCUCAUCCUCAUCCUCAUCCUCAUCAUCAUCGUUUGAAUCGAUUAGCUGCCGGAACUACGCCGGAGCAACGACGUUUCCAUCAGCGUGCCGAUGCCUUGAUCCGUUCCCGUGAACUGGGCAAGGCAUUGUCGCGUCGUAAUGCCCAGAUGAACGAGGCCGGGGUCAGUGGAUAUCUCUCCCAAAUCCGGAACUCGUCCAAAAUGCAGGCAGUUGCCGAUUUCCGGCGGGAUGCCCAAGAGCGGAGGGAACGGGCAGCGAAGCGGAUAUCAUAUGGUAACGAUCAGUCACGUCAGAAUCUCCGGCGUCAGCUCAGGGUUUGCCAGCGACGGUUGACGGGCAAAUGUCAGCCGCAACACAGUCCAGAGUCAAGUUGUUCCCACCAAGUUCGUCCGGAUUAUGAGCACAUAACGCCCAGUCAGCUGGACAUGAUGGUGGACGAGGAGGAUCUGGCAUCGGAACAACAGCGCUACUUCCAGGACCAGGAGGAGGAUGAACUCCAGGAAAUUGAAGAUCGUUACAGGGAGCAGGAGAAACGUUUGCGCCGUGAGGCCCGAUCCUUUAUCUCCUCGGAGGAGGAGGACGGACAGGAGGAAUUGCGUUUCCUUCGUGGCGAGCAAACCCUAUCCGAUGAUGACGAGAAUGAUGAGAAUGCAAUGGAGCAGUACCGGCGGAGUAAGCACCAGGAACACCUCUUGGGUGAUCACAAAUACAAUCUAACGCUGGCCGAGGAGCAUUUCCGGCUGGAGGCCUACUCCGACGAUGCACCGCAGAUGGAUGUGAGCGCGGACAAGGACAACGAUGAAGUGUCUACUCCUCAGCAGGGGGACGAGGAGGGGACAGAGGAGGAGCCACGGCGUCGGCGACUGUGCGAGAAGAGUUCGCUCCUGCCGCUGGGCCGCAUCUCGCUCAGCUCCACCGCCAUCGGCACAGCUCCGAGUUUCUUAAGCCAUCAUCAUCAUCAUCAUCAUUAUGAGCCCUAUCAGCCAGUAUCAGCCGCCUUGUCCUCCGACCAGGAAAUGGCCACCGCUCCUUUGGCCAACGACGAGCAGGCAACAUCACUGGUCAUCCCUCCUUCAGUCAAAUGCGGUAGUGUUUCGGAAACAGAUGACCUGCCUGCCCUCAACAAUUGGCGUCGCGUAUCCCUGAUGAUGCCUUGGUUCAAAGUCUUUACCCCACCCAAAUCCCUAUCCGAGUGUUCCCAGAGCCUAAGCGGUACUAUACAGGUGCCACAGCAGCAGCUCCAAGAGAUGGGGGAGACACCUGAGCCGACUGAGCAAAGCAUGAACUAAGAACUAAGAAAAACCUUAAGAAAAAGAUGAAACCAUUUCCGAGAGUACCAGAAGCUCCAAAAGAAUUAACCAGUGAUUACAAUCCUCGCCAGAUGUGGACAUAGCAGCAGCCAAAUUCCUUGUUAAUUAUCUAUCCAUUUUUUUUUUGUCAAUAAAUUUGAUAAUUGAGAGAACUA